ACAGCUUUGCUGCCGUGGAGCAGGAAUAAAACCGACCUCGCGUACGGCUCUGUAUCAGUCCGUGGAUUGGAACAGAUACGUACUGAGCGUUCCAAGAGUUGCUAGACAGAGCAGCACUGCAGAAACAUACCACCGCCACAAUAUUUAUUCAUGUGCCCGGUGUAUGGUUUAGAUGCAACAUUUGGACCUAUUACAGUUUAUUGUAAAAGGACUGAAGCAGAUCGGAACAAUCUAUUUUUAAAAAUCGUCAAAAGGACAAUGAUCGAGACCCUUACAACAAACAGCGUGUCUACCUCGGCUGUUAUUGGACGUUGACGCGUGCCUUUCAGUAGAAAUGGAUAGCUUGUUGCCUUAAACCGAAACAAGAAACAGACUUCAUUUAUUAUAUUUUGUCUUAAUCAAUGUCUGGAAUGAGUGAAAUCCACAUGGACUUAUGGAAAAUGAGUGACGAUGAAAUAAGUUCUACAAUGAAAUCAAACGAGGAUAUUUACUACGCCCGGAGUGAGCUGGGCAACGGGCCCUCUCUCAGCGACAACUUUUCCCGCCAUCUCAUCACAGGGUCUAGUGAGAGUGAGUCUGGACUAGUCGUUGAACCCGAGGAGGACCAAUUAAGUUUAUGGCUGGCUGCCGUGCCACUUAUCGCUAUGGUUGUGGUGAACAUUUUGGCGAAUGGCGCUAUAAUUCUUAUAUUCAUUAAAAAGCGCUGUAUUAGGAGAUGUCGGAAUAUUUAUAUCCUCAGUAUUGCUGUAGCAGACUUUCUUAUUGGACUAUCGAUGCCGCUGUCGAUUGUGGAAACAUUAAGUCGGAAGUGGAUUUUCUGGCCUUUUUCAUGUUGGGUUUUCCUUAUGGUAAGAUACUCACUUUUCUUCAUUUCUUUCAUCAGUAUUAUACUGUUAACACUCGAUCGCUGGUGGUCGAUCAACUUCCCGUUCUCGUACCGGGUGCGUCAGAGCAGGACAAUGGCGGCCAUUAUUGUUGUGUGUUGUUGGUUCGUCAGCUUCAUUUUACACAUUCCCCUCAUCCUCGGCUGGGAGAGUUUUGAUGUCUCGACAGAGGGCAAAGCAGAGACAUACUGUCGUGUUCCACCAAAGAGAAACUUCAUCUUUACCAUUUGCGCAUUUGUACUAGAGUAUUUCACUCCCCUUACGUGCCUCGUGUUACUUAACUUCGGGAUUUAUUUUAAAUUAUCGAGAAGAAGGAACACAAAGAAGAUCCGAAGGUCAAUGAGUUCAUCAGAUACGUAUAUGUUAUAUAGCAGGAAAACAUCGUCCGACUCCGGCGGAAGUAAUAGCUUCAAUAAUAAUAAUAACAGUUUUGAUGACACGGCGUCAGAUGUGACAUUGUACACACAUAUGCCUGACAUUAGACGUCACAGCGUCUAUCUGUACACCUCGCGGCGUUCAUCCUCAUCCUUCUAUAAAGUGCCUAAGAAUUCCCUCAGUAAUUUCAAUCGUGCUCAUCAAAAUAGCCGACGAGUAUCUGUGGAUACUGCCUCACUCAUCAAAUCGGGUAGAAACAAUCAUUGCAUCAUACAGCAGAAACCAAGCUUUCCCUCGCGCAAACAGAGUGAUGACGUAGUCAAAGACUUUCUCGGACGUCAGGACAAAAAAGCAAUCCUGUCACUUGGACUCUUGACGCUAGUAGCGUCCGUAUGUUGGACUCCGUAUACAGUUAGUAGCGUUGUGUAUGCAUUUUGCCCUUCAUGCAUUCCAUCUUGGCUAUCCGUGUUUUUCUAUUGGAUAUUAGCCGCCAAUUCCACAAUCAAUCCAUUCCUUUACGGGAUCGGAAACCCAGACUUUCGAAAAGUGUUGCGGACAUGGUUGUCGUGUUUUAGUCAGCAAAGUGUCAAUAUGGACAAUGAAACCUUGCUGUAUGGUCAGCUACAACAGAACUGUGAGUUAGAGACACUUCGCGAAUAUAAUGUUUUACAAUCAAAGAACAGUUCUCUAUGAUCAGUGGAGUGACAUGAUCGUAUCAUUGAGAGCUUAAGGCUGUGAUUGAUUUAUCAUCAGUGAAAUAGUGUUUCAUAUUUUACUACUCAAAUAAAUAUGUAAUUAUUGAAUGGUUUCGCAGGUUUUUCUCUUAAGUUGAGAAAUAUUAUUUGGAAACUGUUUUUCUAACUCAGUUAUUGGUAUGUAUUAUCCAUAAGUUAAAAGUAAAACUGUCAUUAUCGUUUCGUGAAGUUAUUUUUUGUAUAAUUAUUAAAGUAGAAUUAUAAUAUUAAAUAAUUAACGUUUAUUACUUAUUUUUA